AUGAUGUGCUUUCGCCCCAUGCUCAGGUCCACUGUCAGCCACGCGCACAAAGCCGUCGACACAGUCUCGAGAAGCCCUUUGAUCCAUAUAAGCCGACAGCAUCCUUCGGCCUUCCCAACCUUGAUCCCACGAUCCAACUCUCGAUAUCCCAUCCCCAUCCAGGCUCAUCCACGCCACUUCGCAGCCAACAUGUCGACCAACACACAGACUCACGACCCCACCGCCCAGGGCGCACACUCCAAGGGCUCCGAUCUCACCCCGCAGCAAAAGAUCGACACCCUCCUCGAGAUCACCAAGCACAUUGGCACCGGAAUGCUCACCUCCCGCUCACCCGAUGGCAAGCUCGCCUCGCGUGCCAUGGCACCCGCCACCACCGAGGGUCUCGUCUUCAGCUUCUACAUGAACACCGACUCUGGCAAGACCGACGACGUCGAGACCGACCCACAGGUCAACGUCGCCUACUUUGACCCCAAGACCACCGACUGGGUUUCCAUCUCGGGCAAAGCCGUCCUCAACAAGGAUUCGUCCAAGAUCAAGAAGCACUGGUCCAGCUCGCUCUCGGCUUGGUUCGACGACAAGAAGGAUGGAAAGCAUACUGGCGACCACAACGACCCUAGGGUGGUUCUGCUCGAUGUGCACCCGGAAGAGAUCCGCGUCUUCAAGGCCGAUGGCAAGCUCAGCGCACUCGCUCAGACCGCAAAGGCGGCCAUCAGCGGUCACGCUGCUAGCCCCGGUAAGCUCGUCGUAAUUACCAGCCAGGAGAUCCAGCUCGCUUCCCCCGCGCACAAGCCUUUGUAG